CAACCUUAUCUUUGUCUCUCAUCUGUUUUCCUUGUUAAUCCAUCAUGCUAGCCACUCACAUUGAAUUACAGCGAUAUGUCGACUCUUUGGCACAGAGACAGCCAGGACUUCGAUCGAACAUUGAUUAUAUAGCCCGAGUCAUCAACAACAAAUGCACUGCCAGCAUUACCGUGUUUGGUCAACGAUUCAGUUUGCAAGAAGUGUUCCUCCAAGAAGAUCAAGCACGAACAGCGGUGGCAGCAUUUGCUCUCAACACAUUGAAGGCUUACGAACAGAAAGGGAUCGACUUCCGCCAAUUACCGCCCUCGGAGCACGUGAGCAAUAGUCUUCUUCAAAAAGUCGAAGCUUGGCUAAGGGCGGCUCUCGACAGUCGUGAAAGAGACGAAGACGAAAAGACCUACACAACCUUGCUAUGUGAUCUCUUGAAAAUGCUUCACAUGUCGCCACCCAAAUUUGAGAUCAUCCAAGACUACAGCGAAAUUUAUAGCAGUGCCGACGCUCCCUUUAUGGCCACACUGUACGUUGGCAGCCUCACCUUCCGAUCGUCGAAAAGCUUUCCCGACUUGCAGAGCGCAAAAGAUUCUUGUGCUGUUCAAGCCAUUAAUGCCAUAGUACAAGGUUGCUGUGGCAUUCAUCCAUCUAUUGCAAGCGCUGGAAUUGAUACAAAUGAUUUUAUAUCCGUGCCCAUCCUUUCCAGAGAACGACCUUCUCAUAAUACCGCCAACGCCAUCAGCAGCAGAAACAGAAACACCAAUAACAACAGUAACAGCAACAGCAACGGCGCCAACCGGCCUCCAGUGACUGGGACGAAUGCUGCUCCACUAUUCAAAAGUGAGGUCGUGGUUUUGUCCGAGGUGGUGAAUAAGAUGAAGUGGACUAUGGAUUGUGAAUUUGUUUCACAAUCUAUCGGCAAAACACCGGGCUUUCGUUGCAUUAUGACGAUUGAUCGCUCCAAUACGAAACAGCCUCCCAUCGUGAUCGACAGUCCAUUAAUAUAUGGUAAAAAAACAAAAUCCAAAACGGCUUCUGCUUACAAAGUACUCGCUCGGCUGUUGCAGGAAGGAUAUCAAUUUACUAACGAACAGCUGUCUUUCAUGAGACAAUACGAAGAAGAAGUUCCUUUGUAACCUUACAAGUAAAAAAAGACUUGCAGGAUGCUUUAAUCUCCACCUUAGUAUCUGAAACUUUAAAAGAAAUGUGCUGCACACGAAAAUAAAAAUACCAAAUCAUAAACAUUGGAAC